CCCCGGAGCCGGAACGUGAAGGGAGUGCCAGGCGACCGGGGGCGGCGAGCGGGGCCGCGGGUGCGCAACGACUCCAGCGCCGACGGUCAGCCCCGGCGGGCCGGAGUUCUCCCGCGCCGGGACAGGGGCGCGUGGGGCGCGCCCCGGCGGGGGCCUGGUCCCAGGACCCGGGGCGCGGCGGCCCCGCCAGGAGGUCCGGCCGCGAGCGUGACCUCACGGGGAGGGGCAAGCGCGGCGGCCUGGGCGCGGAGCCGAGAGCCGGGAGAGCAGCGCCGGAGCCGAGUGGCGAGGAGCGCACUCAGUGGGUCCGAUGGAGCGGUACAAAGCCCUGGAGCAGCUUCUGACAGAGUUGGAUGACUUCCUCAAGAUCCUGGACCAGGAGAACCUGAGCAGCACAGCGCUGGUGAAGAAGAGCUGCCUGGCGGAGCUCCUCCGGCUCUACACCAAAAGCAGCAGCUCCGAUGAGGAGUACAUUUACAUGAACAAAGUGACCAUCAAUAAGCAACAGAAUGCAGAGUCUCAAGGCAAAGCACCUGAGGAGCAGAGCCUGCUGCCCAAUGGUGAGCCCAGCCAGCACUCCUCGGCCCCUCAGAAGAGCCUUCCAGACCUCCCACCACCCAAGAUGAUUCCAGAACGGAAACAGCUCACCAUCCCAAAAGUGGAGUCUCCGGAGGGCUACUAUGAAGAGGCUGAGCCAUACGACACAUCCCUCAAUGAGGACGGAGAGGCUGUGAGCAGCUCCUACGAGUCUUACGACGAAGAAGAUGGCAGCAAGGGCAAGUCGGCCCCCUACCAGUGGCCGUCACCAGAGGCUGGCAUCGAGCUGAUGCGUGACGCCCGCAUCUGCGCCUUCCUGUGGCGCAAGAAGUGGCUGGGACAGUGGGCCAAGCAGCUCUGUGUCAUCAAGGACACCAGGCUUCUGUGCUACAAAUCCUCCAAGGACCACAGCCCUCAGCUGGACGUGAACCUGCUGGGCAGCAGUGUCGUUCACAAGGAGAAGCAAGUGCGGAAGAAGGAGCACAAGCUAAAGAUCACGCCCAUGAACGCCGACGUGAUCGUGCUGGGCCUGCAGAGCAAGGACCAGGCUGAGCAGUGGCUCAGGGUCAUCCAGGAAGUGAGCGGCCUGCCUUCUGAAGGCGCAGCUGAAGGAAACCAGUAUACUCCGGAUGCCCAGCGCUUUAGCUGCCAGAAACCAGAUAUAGCUGAGAAGUACCUGUCAGCUUCAGAGUAUGGGAACUCCGUGGAUGGCCACCCUGAGGUCCCAGAAACCAAAGACGUCAAGAAGAAAUGUUCUGCUGGCCUCAAACUGAGCAACCUAAUGAAUCUGGGCAGGAAGAAAUCCACCUCACUGGAGCCUGUGGAGAGGUCCCUCGAAACAUCCAGUUACCUGAACGUGCUGGUGAACAGCCAGUGGAAGUCUCGCUGGUGCUCUGUCAGGGACAAUCACCUGCACUUCUACCAGGACCGGAACCGGAGCAAAGUGGCCCAGCAACCCCUCAGCCUGGUGGGCUGUGAGGUGGUCCCAGACCCCAGCCCCGACCACCUCUACUCCUUCCGCAUCCUCCACAAGGGAGAGGAGCUGGCCAAGCUCGAGGCCAAGUCUUCCCAGGAAAUGGGCCACUGGCUGGGUCUCCUGCUCUCUGAAUCAGGCUCCAAGACAGACCCAGAAGAGUUCACCUACGACUAUGUGGACGCCGACAGGGUUUCCUGUAUUGUGAGUGCGGCCAAAAACUCUCUCUUACUGAUGCAGAGAAAGUUCUCAGAGCCCAACACUUACAUCGAUGGCCUGCCUAGCCAGGACCGCCAGGAGGAGCUGUAUGAUGACGUGGAACUGUCGGAGCUCACAGCUGUGGUGGAGCCUACCGAGGAAACCAUCCCUGCUGCGGAUGACCCAAGUAAGAGAGAAUCUGACCGAGUGUACCUGGACCUCACACCUGUCAAGUCCUUUCUGCACGGCCCCAGCAGUGUGCAGGCCCAGGCUUCCUCCCCGACCUUGUCCCGCCUGGACAAUGCGACUGAGGCCCUCCCUGCAGAUCCAGACCCAGGUCCCACCCCAGAUGAGCCCUGCCUAAAGUGUCCAGAGAACCUGGAGGAGCAGCAGCUGGAGAAUUUGGAGCCUGAGGAGCCUUCCCUGAGAAUCCUCACCGUCAAAAUCCAGACUGAACAGCAGAGAAUCUCCUUCCCACCGAGCUGCCCCGACACCCUGGUGGCCACCCCGCCUGGUGCCAGCCCGCCUGUGAAGGACAGGUUACGCGUGACCAGUGCAGAGAUCAAGCUUGGCAAGAAUCGGACAGAAGCUGAGGUGAAGCGCUACACAGAGGAGAAGGAGAGGCUUGAAAAGAAGAAGGAGGAAAUCCGAGGGCACCUGGCUCAGCUCCGGAAAGAGAAACGGGAGCUGAAGGAGACCCUAUUGAAAUGCACAGACAAGGAAGUCCUCGCCAGCCUGGAGCAGAAGCUGAAGGAAACUGACGAGGAGUGCCGGGUGGAGGAGAGUAGGCGCGUGGACCUGGAACUCAGCAUCAUGGAGGUAAAGGACAACCUGAAGAAGGCUGAGGCGGGACCUGUGACACUGGGCACCACCGUGGAUACCACCCACCUGGAGAACGUGAGCCCCCGACCCAAAGCUGUCACAUCCACCUCUGCCCCAGACUGUACCCCAGUCAACUCUGCAACCACGCUCAAGAACAGGCCUCUCUCGGUCAUGGUCACAGGCAAAGGCACGGUCCUCCAGAAAGCCAAGGAAUGGGAGAAGAAAGGAGCAAGUUAGAAAACAAGCUUCAACUAAAGACUCUCAUGUCAGUAUGGACCUUGGUGACAAUCCUGCUUUGUUAAAGCAAAAACUCUGCAAAAAGGUGAGUCUGUUUAGAAGAAAAAGCAAAGACUGAAGUACUGUGAAUGGAGAGCUUCAGCUAAGAGGAGGCUCUUUCAGAGCCAAAAGAAAUAAUAAAACAAAAAAAGAUGCUUCUUUGGAGACCUAAGUCUAUUGGACAUAAACAAGACAUUGUAUUUAGGGAUGCUCUGUGUUUCUUUUUUGAAGUUUUCAUCCAUUGCUUUAUCAAGAUUUUAAAAUAGUGAAAACCUUCUCAUGUUUAGACUUUGGUGGAAGAUGAAUCAAGGAAGCAGGGCCCUGUUUUAUGGGUCAUGUGGCUUUGGUGAGUGAGAAGACCAUCAUCUCUUAUCUAAUACUUAGCAGUUGGGGAUUAAACCAUCUUUGCCUUCACUUCUAAUAUUACGAGGCCCAACUCAGUCUUCAGUGAUUUUAAACAGCAUUGAUAUCAUCUAUAAAACCAUCUAUGACAUGAGUUUUGAGAAACAGUGAUGGGGAAAAUAUUUGACUUCUUUCCAGUCCAAGGCAGACCUGAAUCAACUGUCUUUAAAUAAAAUUUUAAGUGAUGCUGUAUUAUAUAGGAAAAAAUAUUUAAAAUCUUCUCAUUUAGAACAGUGAAAGUGUCUUUUGAGAUUAAACUGACGCUUUACUAUAGGGGAAAAAAAUUACCCUGUGUUUACAGAUUCGUUCCUGUGGUCAGGCCAUUUUUAAGGAAAGAGUUAUUUAAUAUAAUGCUCUCUUAGUCCCUGAUUUUAAGUUCUGUUUAAUGUCCAUUCCCCUUCCAAGAACAAAGUGGUGAUUUUUGGUUAGGGUGGUCUCCCUCUUAAAAUUGGCAGUGCUGUUCCUUGUGCUCCACAUCUUUUCCUCCGAUGGCAUUUUUUUUUUUUUUUUUAACACAGGUUGAAACAUUUCAUCUAUCUCUGCCUCAUUUCUGGGGGUUGUAUAUCAGAGUUCUCUAACACUGGUUCCUGAGAACUAAAGGUCUUUUUUAUUGUCUUUCUAAUACCAGGGCAUUUAUUUCCUCUGUCAUAAACAUUUGGUAAUCUUUUACCAAGUGGUGAGUUAGAUUUUUUAAAAAAUAAAAUGUUCAUUGUAUUUGA